GUUAGUAAGACAAACAGUAACACGCAUAUUGUUCCCCCUUUCCGGCCUUCUCUGAUCUCUUCUCUCUCUCUCUCUCUCUCUCUCUCUCAUCAGCAGUACAAACUGACGGGCACACACGUCUGAUCUUCGCUCUGCAGGCUGCAGCGUCUCCUCUCUUCCUGAUCUCCGGAGUUCAGGGGCGUGUUGACAAUGGCGUCUUCAGGAGCUAGGGUUUCCUUCCGCAUAUUGCUGGCCGUCAUCGUCGUCCUCGUCCUCUUCUACGUCGGCCGUCCUCUUUACUGGAAAAUCUCCGCCACUGUCCACGAGAUCCGAGAGAAGAGACAAACCGUCAAAGAAGGACUCUCGCAGAUCGUUCUCGAGGCUCAGAAAUCUGUCGGUUGGUUCCACGACGAGUCCGACGCCGGAUUCCGCCACAAUCGGAGUGAGCAAAAGGCUUUGGUGGCGACAACUCGGAGGCUUCUUCGUCAGGUUUUGUGAGAAUUUUUAUUGAUGGUAGUGGAUUAAGCUAGAAUUAAAUACGGUGUUCUGUACAUCUUGUUUUUAUUUGCUUUGUAAUAAUAAGGGAGGACCUCGAUGUGGUGCUCCUAUUGGAUGUCUAAAUUAUUUUUUUUAGUAAAUUAGUUUUUAAAAUUAUCA